UUUCGCAUGAGCUUGCAUCUUUGAGGGUCACUACUUCGAAUAAGACUGGGCCCGCAUUCCAGAAAAACGAGGCCGAUGCGCUCCCUGUCUUCAUCUCUAGUCGACAUAUAGAAAGGCAACUGGAUCGUUCUCGAAGACAAACCAUUCAUCCUUACGGAAGAAGAAGAUCCAGACAAUGCGGACCAAGGGGGGGAGAUGCGGCUUUGAGAAUGGCGGUAAGGGAGGCGGUUUGAGCCAACGAAGAGAAGAGCAAGGGAUCGACCCUGUAACGGGUGCUAGUAAUGGCUCUAGGUCGUCCCCAGCGCGACGAAUUGCAGCCAUAGAGUAUUUUAGAAGUGAGCGGUAUUUUCAUCACGGAUCAGGUCCUAGAAAGGAUGCGUUUGAGCCCUGCGCCUCUUUGACCCUCGCUGACCCUAUCACGGGUCGCUGUGGCCUCCGCGUAUUGCAAAUUUCGACGAUCUGGAGUUCGUGUGAUGAUUCAAGGUCUAUUCCGUGGAUCAUACACAAGAACAUGGGAAAGGUGUGCAGGUGCCAUAUCUAGACAGAAAGAAGAAAUACUUUCAAUCCCUGAAAUCGGCAUCAACGAUUUAUAGCUACGGCGGAUGACUUCCCAGGCAUUCAGAGACAGACGUGAUG